GUAAACGCCAAAACUCAACUUGCACUGACUGAACACGAAGAAGGUCUACAGACUGAGUGAAGCAAGUAAAGUUUUUCGAUUUUUGAUAUUUUCUGUUCUAGACGUGAUAAUUGAGUAGUGGGUAAAGGGAUGAAUCGUUAGUGCAUAUUCCUUCUAGGUAAGGAUAUCGUUUCUGAGAAGAAGAUGAGAUUCUUGAGAUUGGUAUCCCCAGAACGGUAUCAAGGCAACGAAAGUGCAAAAGUGGCUACUAAGAAACCGAUGUGACGUCUUGAUUUCGUCAGUCUUUUGUAUCCGAGUCGAAUCCAAAAGAUACCACGGUCAAAUAAACAAGAAACAGCGAAUGAUCGCCAACAGCAAACAAAAUAUCUGUCAGCAUUUUCCGUAAACAACUACUGAUUAUCGACCAAUUGGUUCCUACUGAAUUGCUUGUACAAUCGCGCCAAGUGAUUAUUUUGGCCAGAGCUUUCCGGAAUCCAACAUUCAUCACUAUCACUAUCACUAUUGACGUAUCGGAGCGAAAGAGGAAUGAAAAUAGUGUAUCCAAAGAGUGCGGACGAAAUAUUAUCUAACUACACAGCGCAUACAUAAUAAGUAAUUCAUAAGUUCACACAAGCAAAACUGUUCGAACGUAACACCAAUGAAUACUUCUUCGACGUUUAUUGCUUCUGGCGAGGAUAGCACAGAAUGGUCGACAUUGCACUGCAGUAAGGAUGAACUGACUAACUUCUUCGGAUGGUUCCUACAGGGCAUAUUAGCCACGUUAGCCUUUACCUGUCUGAUAGGAAAGCGAUUCUGUGAACCUCUAUACAACAGACGAUCGUGGGAAACGUGGUGGUACGACACAUCGAAACAAGGGAUUGGAGCCUUAGUGAUCCACAUGACCAACGUAUAUUUAGCCCCACUAUUCCAAGGAGACCCCUGUACCUGGUAUAUAAUCAACUUUUUACUGGAUUCCACCAUCGGUUUAUUCAUCAUAUAUAUAGGAAUCAAAACCUGUCAGUAUUUGGCGCGAAAGAAGAAAUGGGAUGCGAUAAACUUCGGCGAGUAUGGUGCACCGAAAUCAUGGCUCUACCAAACAUGGAUAUACGUGGGACUGAUGGCAAUUGUGAAACUAAUAACGACCCUCUUCAUUCAACUCGAUGUUUGGGACAACGUGAAAAACUUUGUUCUAUCUCCGUUCAAAGAUCCGCGCAUCGAACUCGCGGUUGUGAUGUUGGUGAUUCCAUUCUUCGUUAAUAUUUUGAUCUUUUGGGUCACCGAUAACUUCCUGAUGAGGCAUACGCGUAAGAAACGCAAUAAUGCCACAUCGCACCAGCAGGGAAGGGAGCAUAGUCUGUUGCAAAAAGUAAAAUACAAAAUGAUACAAAAAUCCAAACCUAAUGACUCAGAAUCUGAUACUCUUUUAUCAGGCGAUGAAGAAAUUUUAAACUUUAAAACAUCAAACAGUGCCACACCAUCUUCGCUGCUGCAGGCGUCGAACCAUUGUUUCUCGGCCUCAACAACCAGGGGCGGCGAUACGGCCAUCAUUCUCACUUCAUCGGCGACAUCACCCAGCAGAAAGCAAAACGUCCAGCAACGAACAAGUGUGAUCAAUGUAUAAUAAAGUGUAAGCUAUUUUCAAUUCCUUUCAACACUUAUUAUCUGGUCGAUAAACUGGUAGUAUCAUAGUCUGAAAGAAAAAAAACAUUUUCCAUUGUUGAAUCGAAGAAAGGUAAUAAUGCAAGGCAAUAGAUUAGCUAUGAUUUAUUUCUUGUUGAAAACUGAAAGUAAACCUUGUGAUAUUUGUGUGUCUAUAUCUAUACAUAUUUACACAUCCGUUGCUACGUUUAAUAGUAAAGCCAAAAUCAGGUCCAUGCGAUUUAACUUAAUCCAGCUACGAAAGGCUUCAAAACGACAAACGGUAAACAUAUGGUAAACUGAUUUGGAACUAAGCCCACUGACGAAUGAAUCACUAUUCUCAUCUGUUGCGACGAACUCGAUCGGAUCGGAGAGAAGCAAAUUGGAGAAGAAAUAAAACAGAAACUGUAUUUUUUAAAGACUAAGCUAGGCUAAGGUACCAACAGAAAAAACGGUAAUAUCAAAAUGCGGAAGACGGAUUGGUUUUUUAUUUUUAUAUACACGAAAAACGAAAUAUAAAUUUAUUAUUACCAAGUGGAAAGAGAAGAAAAGAUUUGUAAAAUAUAUCGUCAGUACAUAGCAAAUCCAAAAUCAAA